AUGCAAAAACAACGAAAUUCAGAGAUAAAACCAAGAACAAAUCAUCGAUUGGCAAGAUGUCGCUUACCAGAAAAAAAACAAUGCUUUUCUGUUGAUUGGUACAUAUGGCGAACCAUAAAGGAGUAUUGUUGUAAAGUACGUACUUACUUACUUCGUCCUGAUAUCAUGAGUUUUCUCUGGGACUGGUUCACCGGAAUAUUGUCUGCACUCGGCUUACACAAGAAAAGUGGAAAACUAGUAUUUCUUGGUCUUGAUAAUGCUGGAAAGACAACGCUAUUACAUAUGCUGAAAGAUGAUCGACUAGCUCAACAUGUGCCAACGUUACAUCCAACUUCGGAAGAACUAGUUAUGGGAAAUAUGAAAUUUACAACAUUUGAUUUAGGUGGUCACGCUCAAGCUCGUCGUGUAUGGAAAGACUAUUUUCCGGCUGUUGAUUCAAUAGUUUUUCUUGUCGAUGCAGUUGAUCGAAGUCGGUUCGCUGAAGCUAAAGCUGAACUCGAUAGUUUAUUAACUGAUGAACAGGUCGCGAAUGCACCAAUUGUAGUUCUUGGUAAUAAAAUCGAUCUACCAGGAGCUGUCAGUGAACAAGAACUUCGCUACGUCCUCGGUAUUUCUACUGCCACGACUGGAAAGGGCUCUGUUCCUCGCGCAAACAUCAACGGACGUCCAAUGGAACUAUUUAUGUGCAGUGUGCUAAGACGGGAGGGUUAUGGUGAAGCAUUUCGUUGGCUUUCACAUCAAUCAGUGACGAUGAUCUAUGAUCUCUUGUUGUUCCUAUUUCUGAUUUCCACGAGUUAUGAAUGCGAAAUCUUGAAAGCUUCACAGUGUCCACCUGGCCCAACCAAAGACGAUGAAGAAUUAAUGAAAUCAGAACUGUACACCAAAGAACAACUAUUCGCCUUUUGUGAUGCAGGAAAAACAUAUACUGAUUGUAUCAAUGAACGUCUGCAUUGUUGCGAUAUGCGGGUGGAGUAUGCAUCGGCAUUGCAAUCACUGGAUGCUCAAUUAAAACGCAAUGCAUGGCGAACAAGUAAAUACUGCGCUGGAAUCAGUGAAGCAGCUAUUAUAAAAUAUCGAUGUUUAACAACGCCAGGAUCAGCUAUGACAACGACAGUACAAACGACAACGACGCCAACGCCGAUAUGUGAUGUGGAAAAAGCUGGAAGAGAUUGCAGUCCAUUGAUUGAGAAUCGUGUUCGUUUUGAGCCACACUGGUCAAUUUAUGAAAAAGCCAAAUGGUGUAAAGAUGCGUACGAUUAUUAUACAUGCGCAUUAGCACAUAUAACGAACUGCUCGACUCAGCCAGUUGCAGAAGAUAUUGCUCAGUUGACUUUAUUCAUGGAUUUCAUCGAAAAAACUGCCAUCCGCGAAUGUCCUGGAGGUUUAUAUGGUUGUGCAGUUAAUGCUAAUCGAGAUAUGCGAUGUCGUGCUGGUGUUCGAUAUUUUCUCGAUAAGAAUGCGUUUACUGAUCGCGCUGCCAUAUCUCAUGUCUCGAUCCGAUUGGUCAUAUCGCUCAGCCAAUCGAAAUCAUUUGUCAAAAGUACGAAAGAAGCGAUGUCUUCACGUCGUGGAAUCUUUUUCAAUUCCAAAUCGCGUACAACUGAUAAAAUUGAUCAAUUAGCAACACAAAUAUCGAAUGAGAUCCCUAUACCGAGUACAAUUUCGACUACAAUAAGCGUGACUAAUCAAACAACGGCAACAACUACGACUAAUACUGGUGCCACCACAGCAACAGGAAAGAAAAAGAUUAUUUUAAAUCAUGCAAAGCGUGCUUUGACGAAAAAUAUCUACUCUGGACCGAGAAAGAUUUUCAGUACGAAUUACAAAGCAAAUCGAACACAAUUGAAUCACAAAGCAUUUUUCGGUGGAAAUACUGAUGAAUACGAUUUGGAUAGUCAUGAAACGAAAACGACGACCACAAUUUCAACAAGACCAAUCAUUCCAAUCAAUAAAGCGAAAAUCGAACAGAAACAGAUGCAGACAAUCGUGUCAACGAUUCGACAACCGACUACGUGUGCCGAACUCGAUGAAACACAAAGUUACAUUGACGAAAUAGAAUACCUAUUAACUGGAUUUCAACCUGGAAAACUACUCAGCGAUCGUUGUCUAAGUGUGGUCAAAUUUGCUGAAUUAUGCACAAAAGCUUCAUUUCGUACACAUUUACGUACGAGCAAUACACUUCGUCGUGUAUUUGAACUAUUAAAAGAUGCACCGGAUAUCCCGAGUUUGAAUUUAUGCACAACGUUCAUUUUCUACAUCCUUUCAGCUGAUAUUCUAACCACGGGAUUAAAUUCCAGUGGCAUAUAUUUCAUGUUAGAUCUCGUAAAGAAAAAUUCGUCAAUAGACGUGAACGAACCGGAAUAUAAGAAGGUGAAAGAACGAAUAUUGAACAUUAAUAACAAAUUAUUACCUGAUCAAAUCUUUUACGAGCAACGAUUCAACUCAUGUGAUAUCAUUCUCGAAACGUUCGUUAAUCUUUCUCAUAACAACUUGAAAGAGUCUUUGAAGAACGACUUACGUACUCUGGGUGGUUUCGAUUUAAUCAUCGACGGAAUUCAUUCAAUUGUACAAGAUUUAUCGAAUGAUGAUUUCAAGUGUUAUUCGUUAACUGAUCUUUCAUUACGUUACAAAAAAGUUUCACGAUUUAUCAAUGUGCUCGAAGAAUUCUCCAACGAAAAUGCUGAACAAUCGAUUUUGUCGUCAUCGACAACGGAUAUCAAUCGCAUGUAUAUCGCUCAAUGUCAACAAUAUUCAUUAUUUCACUCAUUAUCCAAAUUACUCGAUUUAUCGUUGGUUUGGCUGCAGCAAGAAUUGCCGAAAACAGCGAGUGUCAGUAUGACAACAAGCAAUGAGCAAGAUCCUAAUCCAUGUGAUACAUUUCGUGAAGGAUGUAAAGCAAUCAUGUCUAUACUUGUUAUUCUUACCAAUGAUUGUGAUGUCAAUUGUGAUCGUUUAACAUCCGACGAUCGAUUCUUCUCCAAUUUGUUUCGUUUGCUCGUUACAAUCGAGAAAAGUUCAUUUAAUAGUGAAGAUAAAUUCGAUGCACUCGCACUGACAUUGAAUUUGUUAAUUAAUCUUGUACAGAACACUAAACAUAUCUACAAACGUCUCAUGGAAGACAAUAUGCCUGGUAAUGAUUCCUUAAAAAUCUAUGAAUACCUCGCGAAACUGUUCUGCGAACAAGAAUCAUCGGCUGCACGAGCUGAAUCUCACGAAGAAAAUGACUGGAUGAUGGAAGAUGUCAAUGAUGAUGAUUUUGACGAAGAUUCAGACAAGAAGCCAACGAACGAAAAUGGCGCCAAUUUCAAUCGAGCAUUACAGAAAGCUGCUGGACAUAUGGAGAAUACGUUCGUUGCUGCAUUUACUGGUGUUAUUCUCGCAGUUAUUCUACUACGAGAUCGAACCGCAUACAUCUCUCAAAUACGCGAAUUGAUGCCACAGAAAAAAUUCGAUACGAUGGCGUUUAUACUCAAGAAAUUCUUUGUAUUUAUGCACAUGUCCCAUGCGUUUACACCGUCGGGUGUAAAAAUUCUCGAAGAACUGAUUUCAAUGGUAUUAACAUUAUGUGGAUAA